AUGAACGGAUCUUGUAUUCCUGGAACAAAUCUUUGUUCACAGUAUUGUUCCAAUGGUUGUGAUAUCAACCAAAGUUGUUCAGGUGGCUGUCAAGAUGGCUGGACAGGUCAGAAGUGUACAGAAACGUGCGCUGACCAAUGCAGAAAAUGCAACCAGAAUGGUGGAAAGAACUGCGAAAUAUGCAAAGGAGAUUACUAUACAGCAACAUGCACUCUCCCUUGUAGUUUACAUUGUUCGGCUUUGCCAGGCUUAUCGAAAUGCAAUAUAAAUAACGGAACGUGUUUGAAUGGAUGUGAUAAAGGAUACUGGGAUGUUAAAUGUGACAAAAAAUGUUACGAAGGUUGCACCUCAGGUUCAUGCAACCUAUCAGAUGGGUUCUGUGAUACAUGUAAUCGCACGCAUUACGGGAACUCUUGUCAAGAUAGAUGUAGUGAACAAUGUGUCGAUAACGAUGCCUCAUCUGCAGUUUGCUAUAAAUCGAACGGGACAUGUGUGCAUGGAUGUAAAGAUAGAUACAGAGGCAAAACAUGUGAAGAUGAGCUGACAGUCAGUACGAUUGUGUCAUCAUCAACAGAGAAAAUCGAUGGAAGAUAUGAUGAAAGUGACGAGCAUGACAGUUUUGCAAAAGUAUAUCUCCUUGGAAUGCUCACUGGUGUUGGCGUUUGUCUACUGAGUCUUGUGGCGUUUGUGGCCGUCCGACAUAUAAGACAAAGAAGGAAACAACCAAAUGGAAGCAAAAUUGUCAGGGAGGAACGACCAUAUGUAAAUACUGCCGUAACGAUGCAAGCUGUCUCCUCUACAGUGACAGAGUGUAACACUAAGAGUGUAGGAUCUAAUCAAACAUCAGAUGAAACACCCCGAAGUGUGUAUGACAGUUUAGAUGGUGACAAACGCGAUGAUCGGCAUCUGUACAGCGGACUGGAACGACAGACAGAUCAUCAUAGUACUGGUUAUGCAAAUUCAUGA